AUGGUGAUGGUGCCAAAAAGAACAAGGUGGAUGUGUCCGAUAACAAGGGAAGAGGUAGAUCCACUAGCAAAAGUGGAGUCAGACACCCUCAAGGUGUUGAAAAGGAAACCAUACCUUCCAUAUAACAUGUCAAUGUUAUUUUGGAACUGCUGGGGUGGUAUUUUGCUGAUAUGGAACCCCGUUAGGGUUAAUGUCCAUAUUGUCAAUGAAAAUGCCCAAGGAGUUCACUGCCUGGUGGAGCUAAUUCAAAUUUCAAAUACAGUUAAUGUACCAUGGGUUAUGCUAGGAAACUUUAAUAAAGUUAUAUCCCAAUCUGAAAAGUUAGGGGGAAGAUUGAUUAACAGAUGCCAUAGUCAGUUAUUUGCAAAUACUAUGGAUGCCUGCAAUUUGUUAGACCUAGGGUUCGACGGGCCUAAGUACACUUGGACAAACCGUAGAGACAACCCUUUGCCUCCUCUUGGCAAUAAACCGUUUCGUUUCGAGCCAAUGUGGCUCAUGGAACCAUCAUUCGAAGGUGUAGUAAGGGGUGCUUGGGGUAGAGUCUGUGAGAAUCUAGGAACUAAACUAAACCAAGUAGGAGAGGAGAUUUUAGAUUGGAAUCACAAUGAGUUUGGAAAUCUUUAUAAAAGGAAAAAACAUGUGCUAGCUAGGUUAAAAGGAACCAAAAAUAGCCUCCAAAAACAUCCAAACUCCCCCUUUCUGUUUAACCUGGAAAGGUCCCUGCAAAACGACCUUCUAAAUAUCCUGGUCCAGGAAGAAUGCUUGUGGCGUAUGAAGAGUAGAAUAGAAUGGCUCUCCAAAGGUGAACGUAACACUGCAUUUUUUCAUAAAUUCGUUGUUAUUGGUAGACAAAACAAUAGGAUUAGAUCUUUGAACAACAGUGUGGGCCAAGUGUUUACUACCCAAGGGGAGAUUAGGGAUCUAGUUCAUUCUUUCUUCACUGAUCUAUAUUCUUCUAAUCAGCCGCCGAUGAAUCCAAAUUUCCACACUUCGACAUUAUAA